CGAACAGGUCCUUUCUCUUUCCCCCUUUGUGCGUCUAUGUGCGUGCGUGCGUUUGCACGUGUGUGUUGCGGCAUAUCCGCGAUCGACAUUGUCGUGCUCAGAGCAGCUUGUAACUGAGCUUCACCCUUCGCAUUUCUCGCAGGUGGUCAGCCGGCCGAAUUCGAGCCCAUGUUCAACCUCUGGACAGCUUGCAAAGAAAGGGGUUCCGUCAUGGAUGACGAACUCAAGAAUGUGCUAGCAUCCUUUGGACUCAACGUUCGCAAUGCCGCCACAGUCACCACAAGCGACGUGCUACAGGCGGCGGGUAUCCUGCUGUACAAGCUCGACAACGCGCCCAUCGUUUCCGUGGAGCUCAUCACGAAUCCUUCGAACGCAACGUCGAAGUUAAUAGCGUUAGGGGAGCCCGACAUCCUCGUGAGCCGAGCGGACGUUGAGCUUCCCGCCAGCAAGAAGAAACUCUCGGCUCUGGCCUGCAAAUUUUUCGCCUCGUGGGCGCAGUCAGGAGAUCGAAACGACACCCUGUGCGACGCUGUUGCGGAUGUCGCCUUCGAACUGGCCAAGGUUCCUCACUUCGCUUAA